CCCGCUGGCUCCCCGGCCGCGCGGCGCCUCCCCCAGGCCCCAGCACACCCUGCCAACGCCGCAGCCGCGGCUGCCCCCACCGGGACCGAGGGUGACUCACACCUGUAAUCCCAGCCCUUUGGGAGGCCGAGGAGCUACCUUUGCACCCUGCCUCUGGCUCUCCUGAGCAGAGAGAUCCUGAUGGCUGACUCAGAAGCACUCCCCUCCCUUGCUGGGGACCCAGUGGCUGUGGAAGCCUUGCUCCGGGCCGUGUUUGGGGUUGUUGUGGAUGAGGCCAUUCAGAAAGGAACCAGUGCCUCCCAGAAGGUCUGUGAGUGGAAGGAGCCUGAGGAGCUGAAGCAGCUGCUGGAUUUGGAGCUGCGGAGCCAGGGCGAGUCCCAGGAGCAGAUCCUGGAGCGGUGUCGGGCUGUGAUUCGCUACAGUGUCAAGACUGGUCACCCUCGGUUCUUCAACCAGCUCUUCUCAGGGUUGGAUCCCCAUGCUCUGGCCGGGCGCAUUAUCACUGAGAGCCUCAACACCAGCCAGUACACAUAUGAAAUCGCCCCCGUGUUUGUGCUCAUGGAAGAGGAGGUGCUGAGGAAACUGCGGGCCCUGGUGGGCUGGAGCUCUGGGGAUGGAAUCUUCUGCCCUGGUGGCUCCAUCUCCAACAUGUAUGCUGUAAAUCUGGCCCGCUAUCAGCGCUACCCGGAUUGCAAGCAGAGGGGCCUCCGCACACUGCCGCCCCUGGCACUAUUCACAUCGAAGGAGUGUCACUACUCCAUCCAGAAGGGAGCUGCGUUUCUGGGACUUGGCACCGACAGUGUCCGAGUAGUCAAGGCUGAUGAGAGAGGGAAAAUGGUCCCCGAGGAUCUGGAGAGGCAGAUUGGUAUGGCUGAGGCUGAGGGUGCUGUGCCGUUCCUGGUCAGUGCCACCUCUGGCACCACUGUGCUAGGGGCCUUUGACCCCCUGGAGGCAAUUGCUGAUGUGUGCCAGCGUCAUGGGCUCUGGCUGCAUGUGGAUGCUGCCUGGGGUGGGAGCGUCCUGCUGUCACAGACACACAGGCAUCUCCUGGAUGGGAUCCAGAGGGCUGACUCUGUGGCCUGGAAUCCCCACAAGCUCCUCGCGGCAGGCCUGCAAUGCUCUGCACUUCUUCUCCAGGAUACCUCGAACCUGCUCAAGCGCUGCCAUGGGUCCCAGGCCAGCUACCUUUUCCAGCAGGACAAGUUCUACGAUGUGGCUCUGGACACGGGAGACAAGGUAGUGCAGUGUGGCCGCCGUGUGGACUGUCUGAAGCUGUGGCUCAUGUGGAAGGCACAGGGCGAUCAAGGGCUGGAACGGCGCAUCGACCAGGCCUUUGCCCUUGCCCGGUACCUGGUAGAGGAAAUAAAGAAGCGGGAAGGGUUGGAGCUAGUCAUGGAGCCUGAGUUCGUCAAUGUGUGUUUCUGGUUCGUACCCCCCAGCCUGCGAGGGAAGCAGGACAGUCCAGAUUACCACGAGAGGCUGUCCAAGGUGGCCCCCAUGCUCAAGGAGCGCAUGGUGAAGGAGGGCUCCAUGAUGAUUGGCUACCAGCCCCACGGAACCCGGGGUAACUUCUUCCGUGUGGUUGUGGCCAACCCUGCGCUGACCUGUGCUGAUAUGGACUUCCUCCUCAACGAGCUGGAGCGACUAGGCCAGGACCUGUGAGCCUUCUCCUUGCUGCCAGCCUUGAUACCACCCCUCACCCGCAGAGUCGCUGCAUUUCCUCCCUGUGCUCUCAAGAACAGCCUUUGAGGCCGGGCACGGUGGCUCAUGCCUGUAAUCCCAGCAUUUUGGGAGGCCAAGGCAGGUGGAUCACUUGAGGUCAGGAGUUCGAGACCAGCCUGGCCAAUAAGGUGAAACCCUGUCUCUACUAAAUAUACAAAAAUUAGCCGAGCAUGGUGGCAUGCGCCUGUCAUCCCAGCUACUCAGGAGGCUGAGGCAGAAUUGCUUGAACCCAGGAGGCAGAGGUUGCAGUGAGCUGAGAUCGCACCCCUGCACUCCAGGCUGGGCAACAGAACGAGACUCCGUCUCAAAAAAAAAAAAAAAAAAAAAAAAAGAACAGCCUUUCUAGGCCACAGUGAUCUGCACAAUGUUUAUAUGCUUUGACCUACUAACUCCUUCUCCUAACUAAAUAUUUGAUUUUAGGAGAGUGUUUAAAUAAAUUAUAGUAUGUCUGUAUGAUGGAAUGUCAUUUUGCCAUUAAAAUUAUGUUUACAAAGGUAAUUUUUAUUGACAUAAAAAUAACUUUAAUUUAUGUUGAAAAAGCUGAAUAUAAGACUUUAUAUACAGUAAUAUUUGAGCUAUGUUCAAAAAUACAUAGGAAAAGACUGAUAAAAUGAAAUAUGGCAAAAUGUUAAUAGUUUUCCCUGGAAUAGGGUAAUAGGCAAUUUUAAAACAGACUCCUUUAAAAAAACAAAAGAAAAAAGCAUAGACUCCUUUAUAUGUUUUGAGCUCCCUCCCUUUUAUUAUGUAAUCAAUAUGCAUUACUUUUGUAAUGGGAAAAUAAUAAAGUUAAAAUUUCAAGUGCA